UGACAUGCAGUGGCUGGGAGAAGGUUGGGUCCGCUGGCAAGAGAAGAAGACACCAAGACUCCCCCAAGCUUCACUCUAUUCCUGGUAGUAGAUGUCGUUGGGCACUUGAUACACCCGGCAGCUCUUCGUAUCCUGGUGCAGUACGAAUGGCGGUGACGACAGAGAGGGCCACGAUGUGCUGGAGGAGGGAGAGGUGAGCGAGGAGGCGUGACUGAGGUCUCAGUGCUAGUGGGCAUGAGAACAUCAUACAACCCUUGGGAGACAGCCAGGCAUUGUCGUGCCUCCCUCUUCCCUGGGUCUGCUGACCAGCCACACAAACCACACCCAUCUCUGGUCUCAGAGCCCGAGUGAACACCAAGUUCCCCGUGAGCAUAGUCUGCGUGGACCCAAUCACUGGGGUAUAAAGCAGGGUCCUCCCCAUGUGUCCCGUAUGGAGUAGCCUCUUGUACUGAGCAAUAUCAAAUCCCAGUUCCUCUAGGUCUCCCUGUAGUGGUCUGGUGAGUAGGACUAUCUUGUUGGGGGCAGGGGUGGGUGGAGGAUCGACCGACGAGCCUUCAAUGGCAGGGUCACUCGUCAUUAGUUCAAUAUCCACUCCAUUGCCUUUCACCACCCCUUCCUUCACUAGUGGAGCCAUCACAGAAUGAAACUGCGCCCUCAACUGUACAGAACACACAAGAUAGGAGAGUGUUGGAGUAACACUCUCUCCUUUGGAGCACUCCAUCCCAAUCUCCCUCAGAACGGACUGAAAUAAACUCAAGACAUUUUGGGCAUCAUUUUUGAGAGCCACUAGCUGAGAGACGCCGACGGUGGAGUCUUCAGAACUGGGAGUUGAUAGAAGAUCCACGAGAGAGAGAACAACUUGCCCAGAACCUCCCUCAAACUGCAGCUGCUGAAUGCAAUCCACAACUACUGAGGUUUCAACAUUUUCUCCUCCUCGUUCUCCACUUCCGCCCCAAUUCACCUCUCCUCCUCUUCCUCCAUCCCCUCCUCCAUUCACAUCUCCUCCUUCACCUCCUCCUCCUCCUUCUUUUCCUUGUGUACCCUCUCCUCGUUCAGCCGUACCAUUCUUGCAUGGUCCAGCGACACUCAGACUCACCUCUCUCAUUAUAGCCAGGGCUCUUGAAGUCUUCUGCUGCGGAAGUGUAGAAAGAGCAUCUGGAAAAUUCUCCACGCGGGGUGCACAGGUUCGAGCAACUAUCCAUUCAUUGGGUUUAAUCUGUGGGGUGGCCCCUGUAAUCUCAACCAGUCUGGACCGUUGGAAGUUCUCCGGCAGUUGAAACCCAAACGCAGCGUUCGUCGUAUCGUGCGUGCUCAGCAGCGUCCCACCGUUCUUGACGUAAGACUCGAGCUCCCGCAGCACCUCGGACCCGUCCGGUAGCUGCAGACCGGACGGAACGACCAGGAGCCUGCAGUUGUCUCUCCACGGAACUCGACCGGCGUCUUCAAGCGGUAGCGGGUAAACCACGUAGCGCUGUGAGUCGAGAGACGAGAUCAGGCACUCCCUGACGGCGGAGAAAAAGGAUUUGUUUUGUUGGGAACCCUCGCCUUUCUGGGCGCCACACAGGACGAGGACGUUGGGAGGUUUAGUGCUGAUUCCACGACUCAUAGUCAGCUUUCGCAGGGGGCUGCGGGUACAAGAAGAAGCGGCUACAAGAACACCAAGAACACGCCUAAAUGCAACCUGCAUUUGUUGGGCAUGGCAUGCCGGCAAGACAUGAGAUUUUAUGCGCAUGCGCGUAACGGGUUAAACUAGGGGGUGGAGUUGCCUAGAGUGCCUGGCGUCUUUUCUAUGGUCUUUUCUAUGGUCUUUUCCGUGUAGAGAUCCCAUGGAGGACGAUAGGAAACCGAGGCCGAGGGCCAACAGCACGGCUGGUGAAUCCCUCUACCAGUCACUAGGUGUUCCGAAGGGCGCAACUGAGGAGGAGAUAAAGAAAGCCUACAAGAAGUUGGCAUUGAAGUGGCAUCCAGAUAAGAACAGAGAGAAUCCGGAUGCAGAAGAGAUUUUCAAGGAGGUCAACAAUGCCAAGACCAUUCUCCUGAACGAGAAGAAGCGGAGGAUCUACGACCAAUAUGGCUCCAUGGGUCUCAAACUGGCAGAGCAAGUGGGAGAGGACAACCUAGACCUCUACAUGUGUCUGGACAGCAAACUCAUGAAGUGCUGUUGCAUCACGUCGUUCUUCCUGACCUGCUGCUGUUUCUUCUGCUUCUGUUGUUACUGUUUCUGCUGCUGUUGCUGCUGCGGUCUGGGCAGGCCAAAGGAGGAGGACGGUAUCUACGUGGACCCAGAGGACCUGCUGGAGGUGGACGAGGAGGAGAUAAUCCAGACCCAGCCCACCGCAGACUACCACAGUAUAGAGUCAGACAAACAGCUCAUUCCCCUCUCCUGAGUCUCACUGGAACUACUACUAUAAUAUACGCUAGUGGAAUUUCCGUGAACCUAUGUAUAUGUACUUGGGCAGGUGGUGUUGUGUCUAGGAUCUAUGAAUUAUGUUUUAACCCUCUACAUUAAGGUUUUGAGAAAGCUUACUGCCUGUGCACAAGACUCUCCUGCAAAAUUUAUAAAUGCACUCAAUCCUGUACGUCAGAAAUUUUCACUUUCCUAUAUAAUAUCCUAGCUAGUACAUUUUCCACCUCCAAAGAGAGAACAACUUCCAAUUAGGACCAAAUGCCUGUCCAAAUAUGUCUAUUAUUCAGAGGUUCCACUAUUAAUGAAACAAUAUCACUUGAGAGCACUUUGUCACAGUUUUUCCCUCUACGGCAAGUAAAUGGUUUCUGUAUAAUUAUAGCGCAUGGCACGUGUGUUGCUGGAGCAAAAUUGAUUGUGAAUACAUGCAGUUCAA